GCUUUAUUACUUUGGGAGACUUACAUUUAACAUUUAAAAUUAAACUUUUAUUAAGUACACCAUACGUAAUAUUCUGGUAUGCAUGAAAGUUACAUCUUAUCUUUCACUGAUUGUUGAAAGGAAUUGUAAAAUACGUGAGACAGUGGCGUAACCACCGAUAAUGGUUCUAGAAAUUACACUGAAGGGAAGCCCGAAUAAACUGUUGUGCAUACAUAUUUCAAACUGCUAAUGAGAUUUCACUUAAUUACAUUUACUUAUGUUUUGUUUUGUCCUUAAAUCAUUUGUUGCUCACUAAUUUCCGCACUUCACCAUUUUCGCAUCAAUGUUACCACCGCGUUGUUUAACAACACAAGUCUCGCAUCCUCUCUAUAGCGUUCUAUGGUGAAAGUCGUACCUUGAAGUCCAAUAUUUUAGUUCAUUGGUGCGGACAAUCGUACCGAAGAAAAUCGUACACCGCAGCGUACUCAACGUCUUAUACCUUCCACCACUACGCUUUACCUGCUGCUGACGUUUGAAAGGCAACUGAAAUUACAUCGGCCAUGUUUGUUAUAACAGAGUGCGAGGAGUCUCACUGCUAGGGAAUUCUUCCACGAAAAUAUGCGCCGUUAUCGGAAAUUGCCUCCGCGUACCUAAAAUUAUGUUUAGUGUUCUGGUGAUAAGUGACACAUCCGCUUAGACGUAGAACGGACGUUAUUAAAAACCUUAUUCGGCGUGCGAGUUUGACGCGCAGCGCUUCGUCGAGCCACUUAAAUGACCCAGAUUCAAACGUUCGGUAUGAGCAAGUGAUAAAUACGUCGUAGUGUGUGUUAAGGGGUUACCGUGACACCGCCAUGAUUUUGGACAGGUAAUGCAGAAGUGACACUUAACAUGUCUGGUAAAAAACCAUUUAUCGCGACUAAAACGACAGCCACCGAACCACCGAGCGGUGUACCGCCGCGGUAUCAACCGCCACCCGUUCCCGCCAAUCACGGCAUCUUAAAAAACCCAAGCGCCAAAGAUGCUAAACCGCAUUUACAUAAAAUAUCCGAUACACUGGGCAAUUUGAACCCUUCGAAGUACUACCCUCCACAGCAGAAAUCCUUCCCAUUCCUUCAGUAUCCGGCCCAAUCUGUUCCGCCCCGUGUAGAAGAUCAUGCCAGAAUCACUCAGGCUCAAGUACACCAACAAGAUCAGAGAUCGAGGCCGUUGGACGAGCCCGGUGUUCCUCAAGUGAACCUCGCGGAACCACGACCUCAACCGCAACAGCACAGAGGCGCCGUCAGAUACGACGACGAAUUGCUAAGAACGGAAAUGCUUAAAUUCGUGAGGAAAACGGAAGAUCCGCGACUGUUGCCGGCACAGGAUCAAGGGCGUUACGUGCAAAAUUUAUUGCAAGACCUUAGAGUGUUGCGCGAACAAAACCAACUGUUGGGGGAUGAUAAUCAAGAGUUACGCGAUCUCUGCUGUUUCCUCGACGAUGAUCGGCAGAAAGGUCGAAAACUGGCACGCGAGUGGCAACGGUUCGGACGUUACACUGCUAGUGUUAUGCGCCAAGAAGUGUCCGCGUACCAAAGCAAACUUCGCGAGCUAGACAACAAACAACAGGAACUCAUCAAGGACAAUUUGGAGUUGAAAGAGUUGUGUCUGUAUCUGGACGAAGAACGCGGCAAUGUUAUUUGCCCAUCAUGCGGGAGUGCCACGACCCCGAACUUGAGGGACGACGGCGACGGAUCUAGUUCUAGUACAAAUGCCGACGAACCAGCGGUGCCCCAGCAAUUCCAAAAUACUCCGAGGAGAUCCGCUAGCAGGGAACGAAUACUCCACGAGAACUUGGCACGACAGAGAAGCACGUUUAAUGACCAAAUAAUGCAAUACGUGAGGAACCUAGAACAACGCGUGAAGCAGUUAGAGGACGAGAAAAAGGCCUUAACUCAAAAACUCAAUCAAAUCGCGUCAACAACCGGGGAUCCUAGCAUAGCUGUACCAGCAGACACAGCCGCUGGGACUUUGAGCGGCAGACCCGAAGCUGUAGUGCGAGCUCUCCAGGUUCUCGAAGUGAGAGAACAAUUGGAGAGGGAAGGGAUUGUACCGGAGAGAGGGGAAAUUGGUACCGAACCAGCGCAACAGCAAGAUAUGGACGAUGGGCAAAAAGCAUUGCUUUGGGAAAUGUGUAAUGUGGUUUGGAGAAAGCUUGAGGAAGGCCCACCAACGACGAGACGGUAGUGAACCUAACCUAUUGGAAAUGUUUUCUUGCCAAGCUGAGCCAAAUUAUUGGAUGAUUUAUUAUACUUACGAGUAAUUAUCAUUAUGUUGUUACGGGUACAAAUGAAACAAACCUAUUUCCAUAUGCGCCUUGGCAUAACUUUUGACUGUUUCCAAAAUUGAAAGAAAGGCAGGAUAAAUGUUAAGGCUCAUUUAAAUAAGGCGUGCCGCAAUUGACAUAUUUAUCAUUAAAAGUAGUUAAAACAGUACAGGAACAUCAAAAAUAUGUUUCUAAACAAAACGAACGCAAUAUAUAGGGUAUUUCGUGCUGGAGGGCAGAUCUAUAGCAGUUAUUAUAGCUUUAAUACUGUGUGUUUUUAUGUCCUAACAAGUGCAGAAUGUAAUCUCCGAAUCCGCAAAAGGCAGAUGUAAGAAAGGCGAUGUGGGAGCGGAAAAUAAAAUAUAAUAUAUUUGGCCGUGCCGCUAAUUUUCCGAAAAAGCAAGAAAUAAAUUUAUUUAGCGUAGGUUCUUGUAAAUAACCAAAUUUCAGAACGUACUGUUUUGUAUGUCAUAAAUGUCUAACCUUCUACCCACAGUGAAUCACCCUGUAUAUUCAAUUGCUCAACGUAUAGAUCAUCCUUUGUUUCACCAUUAGAAAGUAUUAUUCUUACAAAGUAUUUAUUGUGAAAUAUAUUAUUUUAUUUUGUUUAAAAUUUUGUGUGUAAUAAAUUGGUAAAAUUCAAAAUGCUUUUUCAACAAUCGCCAUUAUCAAAGCAAAAUUUGCAACAUUUUUCUUAUUAGAAAGAAUUUUUAUUUUAGUGUAGUUAUGUUUCGAUGUUUUGUCCUUAUUUUUCGCGCCUCUUUCACAAUGGAAUUCCGAUAUUGAAUACCUAUUUGAAAUUUGGUCAAAUAUACGCCUGUCCCGUAUAGUGAUGCAGCUAAGUCAAAAUAUUCUAAUUUGUAGGACAUAGAGACCUUUACCCUCUAUUUUUUUGGGCCCGAUUCCAACUUAAAUUCGAAUUCAUUCAUUCAUUUUUAGAGUUCAUUGCAGAUUGUUUUUAGAGUUUGUAAAAUGAUUUUAUUAUUGUUUAAAUUACUUUGCUUUGGUUUUUGGUGCCGACAGCAUCGACUUCGGCAGAGCGGAACGCAACAAUAUUCUGAUAUUUCUAAGGAUGAUGUGAUGUAAGACACAAAAAAAUAUUGUUAUAAAUUUUAACACCGGUACAAAAGCACAGAGCUGGAGUUUAUUUUGGCCAUAAAACCACCUCACAUUUAUUAAAAAAAAACAAAAAUUAAAUGUCAACAGAGAAAUGAGGAACUGGGUUUAACUGGUUUUAUAACAAAUAAAAUACCAUCUCUUAUGACUAUAUAGCUUUCAGUAUUUAUUAGGGAAGCAAAAAAAAAACCAAGGACAGAUAACAAUAAUAUAAUUAAUUAAAAGUUAUUUAGAUGACCACCUUGAAAAAAAACAUACGUGCUGGAAUAUUAAAUGUGCUUAGGUAUAUACGAAAUUACAACAAGAUUCCUGUAUUUUCUGGAGAGUCUUAAAUAUACAUUUUACAAUACCUAAUGCGAAAACACUGACAACACAAACCUAUGCUAUACAAAAAUUUGGUUUGCUGAAAAAAUUAAU